AUGGAGACCGUCAACAGAUACGUCAGUGCCGCUUCCACUGUCAUUUGGGGCGAGAACGACUCAACUCAUGCCCAACAGCACGGUGAAGAGCCCAUGUCCGGUGUCCAAGGCAAAGGACGCGCCACAGAUCCCUAUGAUGGCGGCAACCGUGAUGAGCAACCUGAUGCAAUCCAAUCAUCAGUCGACACUGCACACCAGGAGCCCGUUCUAGACAACACACACGCAACCGACGUGACUAGCCUCACUACCCCCAAGGCUCCCGCCUCCAUCAGCGCCUGCACCAGCGUCACCCCGGCUCUGCCCGUCACCGGGGACUCUACAGAGACCAAUGAAAGAAAAGAAAGCAAGCCCAUCUCCAGUGGUUCUACAGUAGCCAGCGGAAGCAAUGACGACAACAGCUCCAAUCAAGAACAGCGCAGUACCUCACAGGCUGAAGGUGGGGAGAGCAGUGAAGCUCCCCGCCCACCGCGUCCUCAGGAUGUGAGCAAAGAGGCGCUCAAGGGCCCGCAGGGUCCUGCGCCGAGAGCUGCUGAGGACUUCGAGAGGGAGUAUAGGGGAAAUAAGUCUGCAGCUGAUGAUGAUAUUGAGAAGAGCUCCGCAAGUGACUUCAAGGAUAGCGAGGAUAAUAACGCGUCACCUUCUAGCAGCGAAAAGUCUGGGCUUUCUUCUCCUGGUAGUGAUAAGGCUGGGAAGCAGGGCACUAUCUCGAAGGUUAAGGAGAGCGUCAGGAAGCAUCUUCAUCAUUCGAGCAAAUAA